AUGUUUCUCGGCAUGCAGAGCACAGUGGAUCAGAGUCAUGCUCAAGCAGAAGAGAGAAAGCUACGGAAGAAACUCCAGAACAGAUUGAACCAAAGAGCGCGCAGAAAUCGUCUUCAAGAGGAAAAUCACCAACAUGGGUCUCUCCAGAAGCAUGACUACCAAGUCCGCCGCUGGAGGAUUGACUCCGACGAGCCGUACCAGACUCAUAGAAAAGAAGGAACCGAUGAAGCCCAUUGCUCCUAUCUCAUCCCAUCCGUCCAAGAAGAGCAAAACAACUCCACCUCGGAUCCAUACUCAGAUUUUGGUCCAGACUUCCCGUCAGCACCGGUCUCGGCCCCUAUAAUCCUCCCGUCGGUAUCGGUCCAAUUCUUCGGACCCAACAUCUCUCCAUUCGCCGAUCAAGUCCUACACCUAAUACACUAUAACGCUUUCCGCGGCUUCUACAGAAACAAAAUUCUCCUAGGCCGUACAGCUAUGUCAUUAAGUCCAGGUCGCAAACCGGUGUCGUUUGAUGAAGCGUUCCCUUCAUUCUCGGUCGUGGUGCCCAGAGCUCUAGAUAUCGUUGUUCCAGGAAAUCUUACGCCAACGCAAUCGCAGAUGAGUCUUAUUCAUUCCACAUGGAUUAAUAGCCUCCCAUUCCCUGCGAUGCGAGACAAUCUUAUAAAAUGGGAAGGGUCGUUUAAUCAUGCGGAGUUUGCAAAGGAUGUUAUGGGUAAUGUCAUAGAUUCAAUUUUGUUUCCGCAGCCCGAGGGUUCGUCUGUGACUGGUUUGAUGGUUGAUAAUCAGGGUAUUGAGGAACUUGAGGAUGAUGAUGAAGUCACUGCAAAUCAAAGUGGUCUUAUUGUUUGGGGGGAGCCGGAUAGGAUGGAUAGUUGGGAGGUUACGCCGGGGUUUUUGAGGAAAUAUGCGUGGGCUAUGACGGGUUGUGAUGGGUUGAUAGAGUCAAGUAAUAAGUGGAGGAGGAUUAGAGGGGAGGAAGAGUUGCACUUUUCUGUACCUUGGAAGUUAUAG